UUGUAAACAUUCGCGGGAACAAGGGAAUUUCCAUCUACACACAUUUUGCAAAAAUAUUGCCAGUUUGACAUGAUAUGAAAACAAUAUUUUGUAAAAUAAUGUUUAAACGAGAUAUAAAGUAUCAAUUGUAUGUGUUGACAUCUAGAAAUUUUGACGUGAAUUUUCUGAAACUGAUAGUUUCAACAAUUUGACAGUUGUCACUUCAAAAUGGCUGAUGGAGAGGGUAGACCUCCAAAUCUUCAUUUAGCAGAUGGGAAAUCCUACAAUGAAGUGGAAGCUUUACAUAAUUAUCAAGGACCACAUGACUGGAGGAAACGCUUAAGACCUGUAACAUCUCCUAUUAAAAGCAAAUCAAUAGACUGCUUAGACUCUGUGGGGUAUGGCAAAGAGGAGAAGUCAUAUAAAUCACGCCCAUUGCCACCAUGGAAACAGGAUCUUAUAGAAAGAAACAGAAAAGUUGCAAGGCUUGUUAGACGAGAGAGUUCAGGAAGAUCAAAGAGGAAUGCAGUUGUUCGCCGAGAAAGCUCAGGGAGGUCCAAAAAACAACUGGGAAGUGAGUCACCAUCUGGUAUUGGCCGGAAGAAAUCAUUUCGAGGAGGAACAGAUAAUGCCUUCACGCAGCAAGUUGUCAAUGAAAAUACCGGACUGCGGCGGAGAAUUUCACCUGCUAAUUCGUUUAAGAACACAAGUGGUGUAAGACGGACACCAUCGGACAAGGUUUUAGAUCCAAAUGAUCCGAACACAAAGAAACGUGUGGAAAGAGUCCGAAGGGCGAGAUUGUAUUUAUUACAACAGAUGGGACCAAACUCAUUCCUGAUUGUUGGUGACUCACCGGAACACAAGUUCAAAGUGAUAAUUGGUCAACAGACAUGUAGUUGUGGUAAGGGACCACACUGUGUACAUGUAUUGUUUGUGAUGUUGAGGGUAUUCCAAGUGAGUGAGGUGGACCCAUGUCUGUGGAGUAAACAGUUAAAAAACUAUGAGGUUGAGAGUUUAUUUCGGGCGUAUAAUGAUAAACGAACUCUGAAGAUAGAGACAACAAAAUUACGCCGCAGUUUUAAACCUUCGCCUAAUGCAUCCAGAGUUCCUUCCCCUGAUGAUAAAAUCGCACCUUCAGAAAGUGAUGCCGGGAGUGUGAGGGAAGAAGAUGAUACAUGUCCUAUAUGCUUGCUGGAAAUGCUGGAGGGAGAAAGUCUCCUAAAAUGUGAUGGCUGCCAAAACAAACUUCAUCAUCACUGUAUCACAGUCUGGUUUGAUGAAUGCAAGCGGCAGAAUGAAGCUCUGAUUUGCCCCCUUUGCAGGACAAGAUGGAAAAACUCUGUUGUGGAAGUUAAAGGAGAUGAGACAAAUGCAACAGAACCUCCGGAGGCUCCUCCCAACACUCGUGUGCCGUCCCCACAACAUGAAAUUGAGAUGACUCGCCUUCCGUAUGCGGAACCUAUUCCUGGGGAAUAUAUCAACAUGGCAACACCUUGGAUUGAGAUACUGGGAGAGGACCUUGUGUCUUGCCUGUUUUCACGUAACUGGUCUAUAAGGGAGACAGGAUUGAAGCAUCUUGGGAAGGAAAUGUCCCGAGAGCUAGCGCAGGUCGCUGUCGACAGUAAAUUGGGAAUGUCAUUGGCAAAUGAAGAGAUGCUGAUGAAGCUGUUGAAAUGCUGUUACAGCGUGGUCAGUUUUAUGUGUAACGACCCAGUUUACAGAGUGUUUGUCGGAUGCCUUAAAGUGUUACGGAGUGUGUUCAGUGUAAUACCAUCCAGAGAUUGUCAACAACGUAACAAACUACAAAUUUUGCUCAAACCCGUUGUUGAUUCAAUUAUUGUCAAAUGUACAGAUGGCAACAGGAGGACUGGUGAAUUGUCAAUAUCAACUAUGAUCGAGUUGGCCAAAGGUCAGCAUGGAGAGCUGGCCCUUGGAAAAGAAUUGGCAAAUCCUGGACGGUUUGGUCUGGGUGGUAUGUCUUUCUUAGUUGACUGCUUGACAGAGAACUAUGAAACCUCCGAGAUAUCAUGGCAGUGGUUACUAGGGCGAUUAUAUAUUGUUGAAAGACUGGUCAUAGAUUUUCCGACAGAAUUUCUACCUCGACAGAGACCCGAUGGAGCUAGUUCGGAAAGCUCUCUCGAGCUUGUUGGAGCGAUGUCCAAAGACGAUGAAGAAGAGCGGCCCGAGAAUUACGAUAGGUUACUUUUAGUCGCCCAGUUUUCAAUAAAGGCAGUGUCAAAUCCUCAUGCGAGAAUAAGCCGAGUUGCUAAAAGAGUGUUUUUACUAGCAGCCAGAUAUGCUGCACAUUUAGAAAAUCUCAUGACUGAGUUGACUAAGUUAGUUGAUGAACUUGACUUUUCUCAUAAAAAGUCACUAAAAAAACAGCUAGAGAAGAUAGUGGCAGAUUUUCAGCUGUCUGAGCAUUUAGGAAGACAGUUACAUAUACAAAACAGACUGAAUCCUGACGAUUCUCCAGAGGACACUCCAAACAUGACUCCACUGUCCACCCCGAAAUGUACAUCCCCUGUUACAGUUAUAUCAGAUGCUCAGAGUGAGGCUGACAGUAAUGCUGGUAAAUUACCUCUUAUAGUGCCGCCUAAUACUCCUAUCAGAGAUCGCAGACAACACAUGAAAGAUGAAGGUCGUCCAUCAAGUUUUGACCUUGUUGAAGAACAUGACGAAAACUUAGAGGAAGUGAAGAUGCAGAAACUUUCUAAGAGUUUAGACAAUCUGAAUAGUGAUGACUGUCGCCCACGUAGCAGAUCAGCAAAGUCCCCAUUUAAAAGUGGAAAUAGGAAAAAGAAAUCUAGGUCAAGGUCACGAUCGCGCACUCCUCAAAGAAUUGGACCAGUCUUAGAAACAAAUCUUGAUGAGGUUAUAAAACUUGAAGAAAGUCGGCAAAGAAUUAAUUCAUUUGGAAAAAUGAACAGGAAUGUGAAAAUAACAGCAAUGCAUGUAGAUGAUGAUGAUGAUAUAGAUGAUAAUUUGUCUUUCGGUCUUGACUCUGCGGUGAGCGAUACUUCAGGAUCAAUAGCACUGGCAGUUUCACCUCCCUCAAGGUUACUAUCACAUGAUCUUGAAACAGAUAUUGAUUCUGAGGAGCCUGAUUUGGACACUCUAUUGAAACAAAAGUGGAAUUCCUGUGACAAUGUUUUUGAUUUGAAAGAUCAUAAAAAUCGAAGUUGUUCUGUUGAUCUCACAAAGAAGUUAGUGUUUGAAACUCCUGCAGCAAAAUCGGCAAAAAUUCCAAAUUUCUUGCCAUUAGAUCUGAAAGAAGAAAAAAGUCGGCCAAAGUCAAAGAGAUCUAUAUCUCCAUGUGCACAUGUCCUCGAACUUGAACGUCUGUCAACAAUGUCAAAUGUUUCCGAGUCACUACCUCUUGAUUCACUGUCCCAAGGAAAGAUUAUGAGGGCUGGAGCUAAAGUACAAGAAUCAAACAAAAGCUCACCUAUGAAGGAUAGUAAGAAAAUAAAAUGUGAAGAAACUAAUGGUUCACUUGGACAGUCUCAGGUUUACACAAUUUACACAAGACAAAGUACAACCUCCCCUCAACCUUUGACUCCGGAUAGACCUCUUUCUGCCACUUACAGAUCAGACGAGUCCCUUAACUUCUCAGCUGUUACCCCUUGCACCGGAAAAGAGAAACCUGUCACAUUUCAAACUGAGGUUGCCAUGGCAACUCCUAAACAUUCUCCAAGCCACACUUUGGAUAAAGAUGACGAUGAUUGUCAUUGUAAAGAAGAAAUGGAGAAAGAGGAGGCUCUAGCACUGGCUAAGGCCAUGGAGAUAUCAGCUAGGGAUCCACCGAAGCCUAUAGUGCCCGGUUUGACACCGAUGGAUCAGGAGGAAGUUAUAACUAUACGUAUACAGCCUGAUAAAUGCAAUGAAGAAGAUACAAAUGGUAAUCAGCCUCAGCUAUAUUAUGAGAAUGUACAUUGGGUGAAGGGAUCGUUGCUAGGUACUGGAGCUUUCAGUACGUGCUACCAGGCUAGAGACAUUAAAACGGGUACAAUAAUGGCUCUAAAACAGAUAUCUUUUUGUCGUAACUCAAAGACCGAGCAGGACAAUGUGAUAGAAGCUAUUACAGAAGAAAUCCACAUGAUGGCCAAGCUGAAUCAUCCACACAUUGUCCGAAUACUAGGUGCUACACGGCAGGGCUGUCACUUUAACAUGUUUGUCGAGUGGAUGCCAGGAGGGUCGGUGUCAUUUUUACUGGGACAGUAUGGGAUGUUUUCAGAGGAAGUGACAACAAGUUACGUUCUCCAGCUGUUGAGGGGCUUGGCUUACUUACAUGAAAAUCAUACUUUACAUAGGGAUCUCAAAGGUAUAACAAUAGCUAAUGCUCAGUCAACCCCACCCAUUCCCGAGAAAUUGUCACCACCGUUGCGAGAUUUAUUACUACGCUGCCUCGAACCUGUUAAAGAACAGCGACCGGCUGCAAAGGAACUACUUCUUCAUCCACUCUUUACACAAUAUAUGCAGAAAAAGUAAUGAAAUUACUUAUUUUAUGCAGGGACAAUGUGUUGAAAAUAUCAAAAAUUGUGUAAGAAAGAAAAGAUACUUUCAUUAACAUUUUUAAAUGAAUGAUGUGGAUUUAAAUAUCUGUGAUAUGUUUAAAAUGUUUACCUACUUGUGUCAAGGUUGUGUGUUCUUAGUCACUAAUGCAUAAAUUUUGUUAACAAGAUAGAGUGUAAAU